UAAACAGUCCCUCUCUGGCGGGAUGGGAGCUAUAGGGCUUCUAUGGCUGCUGCUGCCACUGCUUUCAAAGGCAGCCUCGGGCUCCGGGACCGGAACCGAAACCGGCCAGCGCGUGCGUUCACCGGCCACGGGGCCGGCGCUGCAGCCCCGGGAGCCACUUAGCUACUCUCGCCUGCAGAGGAAGAGCCUGGCGGUGGACUUUGUGGUGCCCUCACUCUUUCGCGUCUAUGCCCGGGACCUGCUGCUGCCGCCCUCGUUCCCCUCAGAGCCGAGGGCUGGCCAGCUGGAGGCGCACGGCUCGCUGGCUCUCGACUGCGCCCCACUGCUCAGGCUGGUGGGGCCACCACCUGGGGUCUCCUGGACAACAGGCGGCGGCUCACCCGCCCCGGCCCCGGCACAGACGCUGUCCAGGGUGCUGAAGGGAGGCUCCGUUCGCAAGCUCCGGCGCGCCAAGCAGCUGGUGCUGGAGCUGGGAGAGGAGGCGAUCUUUGAGGGCUGUAUUGGGCCCCCAGAUGAGGCGACUGUAGGGCUUCUCCAGUUCAACCUCAGCGAGCUGUUUAGCUGGUGGAUUCGCCACGGUGAAGGGCGGCUGAGAAUCCGCCUGAUGCCCGAGAAGAAGGCGUCGGAAGUGGGCAGAGAGGGAAGGCUGUCCGCUGCCAUCCGCGCCUCCCAGCCCCGUCUUCUCUUCCAGAUCUUCGGGACCGGGAUCGGUCACAGCUCCGUGGAGUCACCAACAAACGUGCCUUCUCUUUCUUCUAAUUCAUUUGCAUGGAAUCUGACCUGGAUAAUGAAAGAUUCCUUCCCUUUCCUGUCUCAUCGCAGCCGAUAUGGUCUAGAGUGCAGCUUUGACUUCCCCUGUGAGCUGGAGUAUUCCCCUCCACUGCAUGACCUUCGGAACCAGAGCUGGUCCUGGCGCCGUGUCCCCUCCGAAGAGGCUUCCCAGAUGGACCUGUUGGAUGGGCCUGAGGCAGAGCAUUCCAAGGAGAUGCCCAGAGGCUCCUUCCUCCUCCUCAACACCUCGGCAAACUCCAAGCACACCAUCCUGAGCCCGUGGAUGAGGAGCAGCAGCGAGCACUGCAGACUGGCCGUCUCCGUGCACAGGCACCUGCAGCCCUCCGGGAGGUACGUCGCCCAGCUGCUGCCCCACAAUGAGGCUGGAAGAGAGAUCCUCCUGGUACCCACUCCGGGGAAGCAUGGUUGGACUGUGCUGCAAGGAAGAAUUGGGCGCCCAGAAAACCCAUUCCGAGUGGCCCUGGAAUACAUCUCGAGUGGAAACCGAAGCUUGUCUGCAGUGGACUUCUUUGCCCUGAAGAACUGCAGUGAAGGAACGUCCCCUGGAUCCAAGAUGGCCUUGCAGAGCUCCUUCACAUGCUGGAACGGGACAGUCCUCCAGCUCGGGCAGGCCUGUGACUUCCACCGGGACUGUGCCCAGGGAGAAGAUGAGGGCCAGCUGUGCAGUAAGCUCCCUGCUGGUUUUUACUGCAAUUUUGAGGAUGGCUUCUGCGGCUGGACACAAAACUCAUUGUUACCCCACACGCCUCAGUGGCAAGUCAGGACCCUAAAGGAUGCCCAGUUCUGGGACCACCAAGGCCACGCCCUGUCGCUUGGCACCACUGACACCCCCACUUCUGAAAGUGCUGCGGCGACCAGUGCUACGUUCCCUGCGCCUCUGAAGAACUCUCCGUGCGAGCUCCGAAUGUCCUGGCUCAUCCAUGGAGUCUUGCAGGGAAACGUCUCCUUGGUACUGGUGGAGAACAAAACCGGGAAGGAACAGAGCAGAAUCAUCUGGCAUGUGGCCACCAUCGAAGGCUUGAGCCUGUGGCAGUGGACAGUGCUGCCGCUCCUGGAUGUGGCCGACAGGUUCUGGCUGCAGAUUGUCGCAUGGUGGGGACCAGGAUCCAGAGCCACCGUGGCUUUCGACAAUGUCUCCAUCAGCCUGGACUGCUACCUCACCAUCAGUGGGGAGGACAAGUUGCCACAGAAUACAGCACCCAAAUCAAGAAAUCUGUUUGAGAGAAACCCAAACAAGGAGCCAAAGCCCUGGGAAAAUACACCGAGAGAGACCCCCAUCUUUGACCCCACAGUUCACUGGCUGUUCACCACAUGCGGGGCCAGUGGGCCCCACGGACCCACGCAGGCCCAAUGCAACAAUGCUUACCGGAACUCCAACCUGAGCGUGGUGGUGGGGAGCGAGGGCCCCCUGAAGGGCAUCCAGACCUGGAAGGUGCCAGCCACCGACACCUACAGCAUCUCGGGCUACGGAGCCGCUGGCGGGAAAGGUGGGAAGAACACCAUGAUGCGGUCCCACGGCGUGUCUGUGCUGGGCAUCUUCAACCUGGAGAAGGACGACACACUGUACAUCCUGGUCGGGCAGCAAGGGGAAGACGCCUGCCCCAGUACAAACCGAUUAAUCCAGAAAGUCUGCAUUGGAGAGAACAACGUGAUAGAAGAAGAAAUCCGUGUGAACAGGAGCGUGCACGAGUGGGCAGGAGGGGGCGGAGGAGGGGGCGGAGCCACCUACGUAUUUAAGAUGAAGGAUGGCGUGCCAGUGCCCCUGAUCAUUGCGGCGGGUGGUGGCGGCAGGGCCUACGGGGCCAAGACAGACACGUUCCACCCAGAGAGACUGGAGAAUAACUCCUCAGUUCUAGGGCUGAACGGCAAUUCCGGAGCCGCAGGUGGUGGAGGUGGCUGGAGUGAUAACACUUCCUUGCUCUGGUCCGGAAAGUCUUUGCUGGAGGGUGCCACCGGAGGACAUUCCUGCCCCCAGGCCAUGAAGAAGUGGGGGUGGGAGACGAGAGGGGGUUUCGGAGGGGGUGGAGGGGGGUGCUCCUCAGGUGGAGGAGGCGGAGGAUAUAUAGGUGGCAACGCAGCCUCAAACAAUGACCCUGAGAUGGAUGGGGAGGACGGGGUUUCUUUCAUCAAUCCCCUGGGCAUCCUGUACACCCCAGCUUUAAAAGUGAUGGAGGGCCACGGGGAGGUGAAUAUUAAGCAUUACUUGAACUGCAGCCACUGUGAGGUAGAUGAGUGCCACAUGGACCCCGAGAGCCACAAGGUCAUCUGCUUCUGUGACCACGGGACAGUGCUGGCUGAGGACGGCGUCUCCUGCAUCGUGUCGCCCACCCCGGAGCCCCACUUGCCUCUCUCACUGAUCCUCUCCGUCGUGACCUCUGCCCUUGUGGCCGCCCUCGUCCUGGCUUUCUCUGGCAUCAUGAUCGUGUACCGCCGGAAGCACCAGGAGCUACAAGCCAUGCAGAUGGAGCUGCAGAGCCCUGAGUACAAGCUGAGCAAACUCCGUACCUCCACCAUCAUGACCGACUACAACCCCAACUACUGCUUUGCUGGCAAGACCUCCUCCAUCAGUGACCUGAAGGAGGUGCCUCGGAAAAACAUCACCCUCAUCAGGGGUCUGGGCCACGGUGCGUUUGGGGAGGUGUAUGAAGGUCAGGUUUCUGGAAUGCCCAAUGACCCGAGCCCCCUACAAGUGGCUGUAAAGACGCUGCCCGAGGUGUGUUCUGAACAGGACGAACUGGAUUUCCUCAUGGAAGCCCUGAUCAUCAGCAAAUUCAACCACCAGAACAUCGUGCGCUGUAUUGGGGUGAGCCUGCAAGCCCUGCCCCGGUUUAUCCUGCUGGAGCUCAUGGCGGGAGGAGACCUCAAGUCCUUCCUCCGGGAGACACGCCCUCGCCCGAGUCAGCCCUCCUCCCUGGCCAUGCUGGACCUGCUGCAUGUGGCUCAGGACAUCGCCUGUGGCUGUCAGUACUUAGAGGAGAACCACUUCAUCCACCGGGACAUUGCUGCCAGGAACUGCCUCUUGACCUGUCCGGGCCCUGGGAGAGUGGCCAAGAUUGGAGACUUUGGGAUGGCCCGAGACAUCUACAGAGCGAGCUACUACAGGAAGGGAGGCUGUGCGAUGCUGCCGGUCAAAUGGAUGCCCCCAGAGGCCUUCAUGGAAGGAAUAUUUACAUCUAAAACAGACACGUGGUCCUUCGGCGUGCUGCUGUGGGAAAUCUUCUCUCUUGGAUACAUGCCAUACCCGAGCAAAAGCAACCAGGAAGUUCUGGAGUUCGUCACCAGUGGAGGGCGGAUGGACCCACCUAAGAACUGCCCAGGGCCUGUAUACCGGAUAAUGACCCAGUGCUGGCAGCAUCAGCCUGAAGACAGGCCCAACUUUGCCAUAAUUCUGGAGAGGAUUGAAUACUGCACCCAGGAUCCAGAUGUGAUCAAUACCGCGUUGCCCGUAGAAUACGGCCCCCUGGUGGAAGAGGAAGAGAAGGUGCCCACAAGGCCCAAGGACCCCGAGGGCCUCCCUCCUCUCCUGGUCUCGGCGCCCCCUGCCAGACGAGAGGAGGGCCGAGAGCCGGCCGCCCCGCCCGCCCUGCCCUCGGCUCCCUGCGGCAAAGCCAAAGCCGGCAAGAAGGCGCUGGCGGCGGUGGAGGGCUCGGGCCGCGCCCCUCGGGGACCGGCCGCCCAGGGCGGCCACGUGAACAUGGCGUUCGCUCAGUCCAGCCUGCCCUCGGAGCUGCACAAGGUCCAGGGCUCUAGAAACAAACCGACCAGCCUGUGGAACCCAACCUACGGCUCGUGGCUGACCGAGAAGCCCACCAAAAAGACCAAUCCCCCCGCCACGGCGGAGCCACACGAAAGAGGGCACCUGGGCCCCGAGGGCGGCCGGGCGGACGCAGCAGCUGGCCGACUCCCGGGCGCCUCGCUGCUCCUGGAACCCUCCUCGCUGACGGCCACCAUCAAGGACGUGCCCCUGUUCAGGCUGCGCCACUUCCCCUGCGGAAACGUCAACUACGGCUACCAGCAGCAGGGCCUGCCCCUCGAGGCCGCCGGCCCGGGCCCCGGCCGCUACGAGGACCCCGGGCUGAAGAGCCAGCCUGGGCCCUGAGCCCGCGGGGCGGGACAGGUAACACGCCACCAACCAGAGACCAAAUGUCACUUUUCAUUUUGUGCCAACUUGUUUUGAAGUGCCACAUACAGAGCUGUGUUUUCCAAUUGCUUCAGAGGUUUUGAGCGUAGGUUGACCCUGGUCUUUCAGGAGAGGAGAGACAGCAGGCCCAGACGGGCUUGCACAGGGUCGGGAAGCACGGUGGGUGUCCCCUCCCUCCCGCUUCUUUCACUUCGCGCGUGCUUGGCCCCCACCCAGUCAGAAACAGCUGAUCAUAUGUUUCCUAGCUGAGUCAGAGAUGCUUCCUUACCUGGUUGAUGUGGACCUGGACCACGUGAGGGCAGAGGGAACAGGAAUAAAGGCGUUAUCUGUGGUGAGUCAGCACACGGAAAGACAUUCUUUACUUGAAAAGGAAAAACAGACAACUCACUGAAACGUCCCCAUGGAUGACGUUUGGAUGCUUUCAAUUGUGCUGACGAUUGUUUGUUAAAUUGUGGUGAAUAGUUACGGUUGUAGAAAGAAAGUGUGUAUCUGCUCAUCUAAAUGAAAUGCAGUAUUCCAAGUGCUUAGAGGCUAAAAAAACACCAGUACAGAUCCAGAGAUUCAAACAUCCUAUUAAUAUACCUCAUGCCUUAAGAAAACCCUCCUACUAAAAUUGAACAACUGAGUGUGAGGUUUCCUACUGCACUAACUCGAGAUUUAAAUUACUACUUGUUUUAAAACUUUCCACUAAAAUAAACUACACUGAAAACAAAAAAUUUCAGCAGCGAUAGAUCAAAGCAUAGAAACCUCCCAUUCAUGGGCACUAGUGUCAAACGUGCUCACAGUUCCAAUCAUAAAUGUUACUAAGUUGAAGUUUCUACUUGCAGGAUGGAUCACUGGAGUAGCAGGCCUUCCGGGGGUCCUCAGGAGAGAGGUACUAAUGCAGUGUCCUUCCAGGUUUCACCCGAGUUUUCUCUCCCUUAAUCAGGUGAUCCUAACAUACGUGGGAACACAAAUUUGCUGAAGUACGUGCAGCGUAACUUGUAGACCUGUCAAAUACAGAGUAAAACAGAGUUUUGUCUCUGGGUGGCAAUGAGUAAAGGAAUUAAGGGACACGUGGAGUGCUGAGGUUGGCAGUGACGUGUUACAAUGGGAGUUCUGAACUUGGUUUUCACAUAUGAAAUUUUUCUCCAUAAAAACGAACUGGGACUCUGUUAAGUAGGUGUGUAAGAUUUAUCAGUAAGUUUCCAUCUUGUUCUUUCUGCUUCCCCUCCGUUCUCUUGCCUGGUUUCUUUUCUGGUGGUAGCUGUGCCAAAACAUCACUUUGGGAGGAAAGCAUUUUUUUAUCGCUUGCUAGGCACUAAGCAUUCCCAGGCAAAAGGACUGUGUGGAUCGACCUUUUCCCUUACCUUCUCAAUUUCAUCUACAUCACUCUGGCAGAUGUGCGAAAGCCAUCCUGCUCUAAGCCAACGCUAGACCAGUGAGUGUUCAUUCCUCCUAGGGCAGAUGGCUCACCUUAGUCAGUAGUUCUGCACACCUCGAGAAGCACUGAUAACCCUGGACACCACCUUUCCUUUAUCUUCUUCACUGCCAGAAAUACUUUCAUCAGACACACAUGGAGAUGGACCAUCAGUGAACUCAUCUCUAAAUACCUGUAUCAAAGUUUUAGUACAUGCCAGGCACAAAUAGCCUAAUUAUAUAAACAUUAACUCACAAACCACUUGCAGGGGUCCAAGAAUCACUUUCUGAGAAACACUUUCCUAAAAGGGUAAUGACAGGAGCUGUCAAAACUGAGAACCACUUCAUAUGUAUAACACCAGUAACCAAUUAAACAGGGAGCAUGCUACACGGUUAAACAGCCAACUCAUUAACAAGGGAGAAAUCCUUACCUUUUCUCUUCUUAAAACUACAAAUCCAUGACAUUUUUCAGGUUGUGCCUUACUACCACUGAGAUUGAUUUGUUGAUUCUAAUUGUCUUUAUUGGUGUCAGUUUUUGUGUAAAUGAUAGUCCAACCUUAAAAGCCUGUAUACAUGGAUAAUAAACAACUCCACAUGGAGCUAUGAUGACCUCAA